ACAAAAACAACAACAGUACAAGCAAGACUCAGCCCACCUAUAGAAACCGCAGUCUCUUACACGCACUUUAGAACAACACAAAAUGACGACGAGUACGCCUUUCAUCAUGUCUGUGCAGUUGAUUCUUCUCGCAAUCUUCGGCAUGGUCCUAUCCAACCCAAUCCUGCCCUCAGCACUUACAGACCAAUCGAAAACCUACCCAUUGACCUUCAACAUCAACCCUGAUGUCUCCGGACCAGCUUGUGGACGCCAUCUCCUCGCCAAUAUCAACAUUAAGCGUCUUGCUACAGAUCCUGCCAGUACCAGUGGUGUCUGCAACGAUAUCCGCGACUAUCUUACCCAUCCGGACGGCAAAGGAAACACUGAUGUCGACCUGAUUUUCACAUGUCCAGGCCAGCCAAAGACCGAGGAUCAUGGCAGUCGUCCUGUCAAAGUCUUCUUGAAUACGGACGCCAAUGUUGACACCACCAAGGAUAAUGUUGAUGCGGACUUGACAGUGAUAAACGAUGCCGAAAGUAUCAGAUUCAAGACGGUGGUUAGCCUUGGUAUCAAGAAGACGGGAAAUAGUGAACUUCUGUGGCAGUUUAUCUACUGUUAUUAGAUUCUAGCCUUGAUCUUCUGGCUUGAAGCCUGGGCUCACACUCUACUUAGAAGCCUUCGAUGGUUGAAGGUUGCACAUGGACGAUAGAAUCAGCGUGGUGAUGACAUUACUUGUCCUCGACUUGCGCUGAAUGGUGGACAUGACCCUUGGGCAGAUAGAAAUCAUACAGGUAUUCAUAAGGGUC